CCCUCACAAAACAAAACCCAGUUUGCUCUGUUUUGUCCAAUUUCAUCUUUCCACCACAUUUUCAGAAGCUUCGCACAUCCAUCCAUGGAUUCAUCCAAAUUGGCUUUGGUUCUCUUCCUCUCCUCCCUCUUCGUCCAUGCAACUCUAGGUGAGAUUGUUUGUGAGGAAUUGCCAACAAAUGUUUGUGCAUUUUCGAUAUCGUCUUCGGGGAAGAGGUGUCUCCUGGAGACGGCCGGGAAACAUGAGCGGCAGUGCAGGACAUCGGAGGUGGUGGUAGAGAGAAUGGCCAAUUACAUAGAGACAGAUGAGUGUGUUAAUGCUUGUGGUGUUGAUAGGAACUCUGUUGGGAUUUCUUCCGAUUCACUCCUUGAACCUCAAUUCACAUCCAAGCUCUGCUCCUCUGCUUGCUCCAAGGGAUGCCCCAACAUUGUUGACCUCUACUUCAAUUUGGCUGCUGGAGAAGGUGCAUUUUUGCCUGAAAUUUGUGAGGCUGCGAGAGAUAAUCCGCACCGUUCGAUGGUUGAGCUGAUAAGCACUAGUGGUGUUACUGGGCUAGCAGCAGGUCCAGUGGCUGCCGAGUCGAAAGCAGAGAGCAAAUCCGAGGAUCCCAGUGAUCCAUUACCUCCCCCUGAAGCUAGCGCAGAGUCUCCUGAUGGCGAAGACACUAAUGAAGGCGCAAAUCCUCCUGAUGGCGAAGACCCUGAUAAUGAAGCAGAGGGUCCUGGUCCUGAUGGCGAACUCCCAGAUAAUGAAGCAGAGGGUCCUGGUCCUAGUGACAAUGACCCUGAUAAAGACGAAGGGGGUGCUGAUGAUGACGAAGGUGAUGGUCCUGGUGAUGGUAUAUAAAUUUUAACAUGCAGAUAUGAGAAAAAUAAUCAGAAUAUAUAUAUAUAUAUAUAUAUACAUAGAGAGAAUGUUGGAGUGUGAGGGAAUUGGAAUACGUGGUUGAGUCUGCUUGUUGAAAAGUUAUAGAUGCAAUUGAGGGUGGGAGAUGUGUAGCUAGCUCAUCCAUCUUUGCCUGGUUUUGUGAGAGCCAUGAAUAACUGUGUUCUUUCGAGUUUUUGUCUCGUUUGUGUGUGUUUUCAUCUAAUACAACAAUAAAAGACUGUUAUUCUU